UAAAAAUUUGUUUUGUUCUGCUGCUUUUUCUUUUUCCCAUUUCCUUCCUCUCACAACAAUAUUCGUUGCUUUUCUUCACCACCAAGGCAUCUCGCAUUCCUUUGCUUUACUUUCUUCAUUCCUCUAAAGUCUCUGAAGAUAUAUAUCAUCUAAAGGUCAUAUUGUCUCUUCUCUAAGAAUCAAACAAAGCUCUCCAGGUUGCAAUGGCUUCCGGAACUAUUUACGUGACAGUGCCUGCGGUUGUUGUUGCUGCUGGGAUUUAUUUCUUUAAUAUAAACCACUAUAGACCUAAGGAACAUGAAGGUGGGGUUCAGGCAUCUAUGAAAAAUAUGGUGGCAAAAGCAAAGCAAGAAGUGAAGAAGAUCGAGAUGCCAAAGUUAGCACCACAGUUUGAUGGGUUACACUGCUUUGAAACCUUGGUGGGUCAUCAUCGUUAAUAGGUCUGCUUGGCUUGGCUAGUUAGCAUGAAUUAUGAAUAUUAUAUCUUUCUGCCAGGUAAUUGUGGCAUGAUAUUGAAACAUCCGUCCUUCAAGAUAAUUAUUCAAAGGUAUUUCAGUUCUUGAUAGCAGAUUAGCAGCUAUGUGAAUAUUAGUGAUUCCGAUGGCAACAUCAUUAUUUCUGUCACAAUAGUUCGUCAAAGAUAAUUUGCUUAAUCAUCCAAAAUUCUUUUGCCAUAUUAAUUGUUAACUA